AGAAAACGGUUUAUGUUAGCUGCAUAUCGUUACUUAAUACUCACACAAAUUUUUAUACGAUUUAAUUGCACGUUUCUUUGAUCAAAAUUUAUAUAAUUCGCCUAGAACGAUUUAGUUUGUAGAGGGACCAGAUUGAAUGAGAUUGAAUUUAAAACCGUAGUAGCUGUUGUGGGCAAUUUCAAGCGACUGUUUGAGUUUACUGAAAACUUCAUAUAUGGGCAACGGAGCAUUGAAGUUUUAUCAUUAUUUUCGUAAGGUAUCGUCAUGUUAUUAACAAGAACAAUUAUGCAGUAUUUAUUACAAUUUAUUUAAACAUGCAUUAUAUUCAACUGUAUGCACUGCCAGGCUCGCAGGCUUAGCAACAUUUAUUAUUUGUAUAUUGAAUCAUGGCUCUGCGUCGAGGGAAAAGAAACUUGAAACUGCAGGUUUCCGAAGGAACUCCUGUUCCUGUCACUCCACCAAGAAAUUUGGAUAAAAGAACUACAAUAACAAUAGGUGAGAAGACAUUUGUAGUGGAAGCAGAUGAUUUAGAAACUAUUUGUGUCCUUGGACGUGGAGCAUAUGGCAUUGUGGAUAAAAUGCGACAUAAACAAAGUGGAACCAUUAUGGCAGUUAAGAGAAUAACUGCAACUGUCAAUACACAAGAACAAAAACGAUUGCUUAUGGAUUUAGAUAUUUCCAUGCGUAGUUCUGCAUGUCAAUACACAGUACAGUUUUAUGGAGCAUUAUUUAGGGAAGGAGAUGUUUGGAUAUGCAUGGAAGUAAUGGAUAUGAGUCUUGACAAAUUUUAUACGAAAGUAUACAAGCACGAUCGUGCCAUUCCUGAAGAUAUCUUAGGAAAAAUUGCUUUUGCAGUAGUUAGUGCGUUACAUUACUUGUAUUCACAAUUACGAGUGAUUCAUAGGGAUGUAAAACCUAGUAAUAUUUUAAUUAAUCGUAAAGGAGAAGUAAAGAUUUGUGAUUUCGGUAUUUCUGGUUACCUCGUAGAUUCUGUUGCUAAAACAAUUGAUGCUGGUUGUAAACCAUAUAUGGCUCCAGAAAGGAUAGACCCGUCGGGUAACCCUUCACAAUAUGACAUCAGAUCUGAUGUUUGGUCCUUAGGUAUAUCUCUUGUGGAACUAGCAACAGGAAAGUUUCCUUACGAGUCCUGGGGCACACCAUUCGAGCAACUGAAACAAGUUGUAAAGGAUGAGGCACCAAAAUUACCUGCUGGUAGAUUUUCCGCGAAUUUUGAAGAAUUUAUCACAAAAUGUUUAAUGAAAGAUUACACUGGCCGUCCAAAUUAUAAUCAAUUGUUGGAGCUUAAUUUUAUUACAGAACAUGCUAAGAAAGAUACAAAUGUUGCUGAAUUUGUUGGAGAAAUUUUAGACUUACCUGAAGAAGAGCAAUCAGUGUAGCAUACAAAUAUUUUUGAUACGAUGUAUUACAUGAUCUUCAAUGUAACUUCGUAUUGUGCUUCGAAGUUAUUUAAUCGAUUUACCGUAUCUACUUUUGUCAAUCGAGCUGAUCACUCAUCAGAACAACAUAAGUGAAUUGAAGUUUAGCAUUCAAGGGGAUAUGUAGAACUUUCAUUUAAAGAAGAAUUUCAUCAGAUGUUAGUUUCUUUUUUAUUUGUCCAAUAUGAAAUCUCUAUAUAUCUGUCAUUAAUAAUCCUCUUGAACUAAUAGAUUCUCUUCAAGAAAGAAGUACAAUUAUGUAAAUAAUAUACAAAUAUUUUCUACGUGAUAACAAUUGUUUGUCACUGUAACGGUAUAGUAAAGAAAAUUCAAAUAAAUAUUCGUUUAAUUAAUAAGUAUUUCCAUAUAACUCUAUAUACACUAUCAAAACAAAAAAAAUAUGUUACACUCAUACUAUAUAAUUAUAAUAAAAGAUUAUGUACUACUGUAGCGAUAUUAGUAGGAAAUAAUAGUGCGAUCAUCGAUAACAGUCAUAAUUAUCAAGAAACUGUAAAAAUCAUGUACUUUUUUACAAUAAUUAUAACAGGAGAAAUGUAAAUUUAAUUACAUGUUUCUUUUAUACAUAUUGUAAUUCUGUAAUAGAGGUUAAAUACUAAUAAACAUAACCACAAAACAUA